AUGACCAUCUCCUACACACUGAAAGUCGCCAACUCCCGUUUUGGGGGUUUCUCCAAGCUGCUUUUCCGCUGGAAAGGCAGCAUCUACAAGCUGUUGUACAAGGAGUUCAUCGUCUUCGUGGUGCUGUACGCCCUGCUCAGCCUUGUCUACCGGCGGCUGCUGACCGAGGAGCAGAAGCGGCUCUAUACCAAAGUGGCUCAAUACUGCAACCGCUCCACGGACCUCAUCCCCAUGUCGUUUGUCCUAGGUUUUUACGUCACCCUGAUCGUGAACCGGUGGUGGGCCCAGUACACCAGCAUCCCCCUGCCCGACCAGCUCAUGUGCGUCAUCUCCAGCAACGUCCACGGCAAGGACGAGAGGGGCCGGAUCCUGCGGCGCACCCUCAUCCGCUACGCCAACCUGUCGGCAGUCCUCAUCCUGCGCUCCGUCAGCACCAGGGUGCUCAAGCGCUUCCCCACCAUGGACCAUGUGGUGGAAGCGGGCUUCAUGACGCAGGACGAGCGCAAGAAGUUCGAGAGCCUCCACUCUGACUUCAACAAGUACUGGAUCCCCUGCGUGUGGUUCACCAACCUGGCAGCCCAGGCCAGGCGGGACGGCCGCAUCCGCGACGACGUGGCCCUCCGCCUGCUCAUGGACGAGCUGAAUCUCUACCGGGCCAAGUGCAGCAUGUUGUUCCAUUACGACUGGAUCAGCAUCCCCCUGGUGUACACACAGGUGGUCACCAUCGCCGUCUACUCCUUCUUUGCCUUCUGCCUCAUUGGGCGGCAGUUCCUGGAGCCGCUGGAGCCUGGGCAGGAGGGGGACCUGGACAUGUAUGUCCCCCUCUCCACACUCCUCCAGUUCUUCUUCUACGCCGGCUGGCUGAAGGUUGCAGAGCAGAUCAUUAACCCCUUUGGAGAAGACGACGAUGACUUUGAGACCAACAAGCUGAUAGACAGGAACCUGCAGGUGUCCCUGCUCUCCGUGGAUGACAUGUACCAGAACCUGCCCCCCACCGUGAAGGACAAAUACUGGAACGAGUCCACGGCUCAGCCCCCCUACACCACGGCCACAGCCGCUGAGACCUUGAAGCCCUCUUUCCUGGGCUCCACCUUCGACAUGCGGUGA